AUGGACACGCCAAAGAAGCUGUUGGAGCUAAUCGAGGACAGGGACCGGGCACUUCACCUCUGUCUUCAGUCUAGUACAAUAGCUCCAUGGGAGAGGCACGGGACGCGUCUUCACAUAAGCUUACGUGCAGUGUCAAGUACAGAAACGGCGUUCUCUCUUGUCGACGUUUUAACGAGCUCGACACGUUUUGCCGACCUCCUCACACAGUACCGUUGCAAACUGAGGAACACGGAGGGGAGCCUUCGAGCUGAAGAGCGCCUUGCUUCAGAGCUCAAAGGCCAGCUUCGAGAAGCCAACGCUGCCGGGGAAGCAACGCGCAAGGGAGAACAAUCGGGCUCCAAGCGGAUAAAAAAGCUUGAGCUGGUAGUUUCGAGCCUGAGAGAGCAGGUAGCGGCCCUGGCGCUGUCCGAGCACAGAGCAGCGGAGCAGGCGGGGCGUGCUGAAGCUAGGGCUGCAUCAGCCGAGGCGGCGGAGCGGGAUCUUCGCGCGGCUGUGGAGGGCAUAAAAACCGACUUCGAGGCUCUGGUGCAUGAACUCCGUUUAAGGGAGAAACAGAUCCGCCAGAUGGAAGCAAAAAACGCGACUCUGGCGGUUAGAUCGGUGCCAACUUCCCCAACUCCUCGUGGGCACACUCGUUCGCGGAGCCCCGCUGAGACUGGAAACGCAGAGGGCGACAAUCAGAGAGUCUCCCCCCGUACCAGAGGCAUGACUCCGGAGAGUAAAGGCAGCGUCAGAGUCAAAGAACUCCACAAGAGCCGCAAUUCGAGCGUAGACUCAUCAUCCGCCAGAGCAAAAGAGGCAACCAGCCUAAACACCCGAGCGCUAGCCCGCCCACAGAAGCGAGGCAAACGCGGAGAAGAAGCGUGCAUCCCGCCAGGGAAAAACGGUCGGAGGGGCAACUCUCCACACGCCGCCGCUGUCCCCUCCGUCGUGUACCCUGCGCGAAAGCAGCUCGCCCCGCGGAAGUCCGAGAUUCCCGGACGCGUGAUGGCGAUGUCAUAUCCCCGAGGCGUUAACCGGGUGACGUUCACGCCAUCGAACACGCACGUGACGACACCGCCCGCGACGGUGCCCGCGAGCGUUCCGGCCAGGGAAACCGUACGACCGGUGGGACCCAUCCCAGAGGAAGCGAGCUGUUGUAUGGAAGAGGUCGAGGAGGAGGAGGAGGAAGAAGAGGGGGGGGAGGUUUGCUCGGCUCCGGCCGAGGUGGCUGGUACGGUGACGGACGAUGGUAGACGGCCGGAAGCGCAGCUAGACCGGAGUGGCGAGGAGAAGUCGGGGGCGUCCCAGAGAUCGCCACCAUCGCCGAGCCAGGACUGCGCCGUGCCGCCGCAGAGCCCUUUCCCGCGGCAUUGUCGCCAACCGGCCUGCACGUGUUCAGAAACGGCGGCUCCUCCUGCAAGCGAUCAUCACCCGAUCGUUGGAAUGUCCAAAACUACCGAGGUAAUCUUGGCAGACUUGGGGGGAGCAGCUCCGGAGGAUGGGGUGGUGGGACUAGGGAGCGCUGGAGGAACAGAGCUACUCACGACGGACACCGAGACUCGAGAAGGUGCUGAAAACGCUUCGGCGGAAGGUGUUAGUCCUCCUGUGGCCCAGACCGCAUCAACCGGCAGGUUUUCCGGCGACGACGAUGAGCCAGGAGAAGAAAAGUCUACUCCGCACGGUGGAAAAAUUGAAGACGCCAAGAGCGAAGCGGGACACGGGGUCGAAGCCUCCUCCGAACAGCCCGGUCUAGGCAAGGGACGAAGAGACCCGGACGCGGCCGCGUUUCGGCCGAGACUGGUGGAAGGGGUGCCUGUGCUUAAGUACGGCGGAAGGGGCAAGCCGAAGGCCAAGAUGUUGUGGGUGACUCCUGACCUGUCGGAGAUAUUUUACACCCAGGCCGGAAGGACCAAGAACUCAAAGAAGAGCUCCCACAUGCCGCUAGCUGGCCUGUGCGCCUCCAAGGGGCGGGGCGACCACCCAGAACCUGCACGCUCGACCACCGACGACCGUUGCUUCGCGCUGGUUCAGGCCGCCGACAGCCUUGGCCACGACAACCCCCACCACAAGGUCAAGGAAGGAGGGGGCUCCGGGAGCGACGGUGCGGGGGCGGACGCUGACGAAGGCGGCGGCGGCGGAGGUGACAGUCCGGCGCCAGGGCGCAGAAGGUGGGGAAUCGGAGGCACACUCCCGGCAAACCUCGUGCACGGGAGGCGGUGGCGGGGUGGUUCGGGGUCAGCGGCGACGACCACGGGGCCGACGGAAAGGCUUGGUGCGAGUGCAACAAGCGCGUCGGGAAGCGCGGCAAUGGCAGCGGUGGCGGCGGGGCCGGGGGCGGGGCCGGGGGCGGUGCUUCAACACCACCCUGCCGGGGCGACGAGGGAGAGAAUGGUGCUGGAGACCACCAAUGCCGAGGAGUGCACCGCUCUCGUGGACGAGAUCAACGAGCUGGUGCGCCGGGCCGGCCUGCAGCGCGGCGGCGGCGGCUCUUCCGCGCGAGGGAGAGAUCUCUUCGACGAGUGGGUGCGGUCGGCCGUGGGGCGUGAUGCUCAAGCCGUCGACCCCGGUGCGAACGGCGAGGCGGCGUAG